AUGCUUCGGCGACAGUGCUGUCGCGCGAUGCCGUCCCGAUCCUAUGAAUCUCUAGCCUCGACGGCGUCGCUUCCUGAGACUAACUAUGAAGCACCCAGAGCUCUGAAGCACCUCAGCAAGAGCCUGCAGCAGCUCUACGUGGAGCUGUAUACGCAUAUGAACGUGACACUUUGCUGCAGUGAUGACAGGGUGAACCUCAGCCGCUGGGCAGCGGAUGAGGCGGACAAGGCCUGCGAGUUGUUCAAGAGGAUUGGGGCCAGCGCCCGGGUAUCUCGCUGCAAGGCCAACAAGCGCAAGGCGGCAGACUGCACGAUGGAUAAUCAAGACACCUUGGUUGUCGAGGAGCCAGAUGAUGGCUCAGAUUCUGGCUCAGAUCAUGAAUCUGGAGAGCGUCCCGAGGACGCUGCUUCCGAUGCCGAUGCAGACCUUUCAGGUGAGGAUCUUGGCUCCGCAGAUGAGGAUGAUGAGGCUACUUUCCGGGCGAGGUUCGCGGAUUUCAGUCCGAAGGUAGUUGAGAGCAUCUUGGGGAGCAUCCGAUCUCAUGAGCUUUUUCCCUUCUUCGAAGAUUUUCAAGUCGGGAGUGCCGACUAUCAUUCCGAGAAGAGCAUGUUCGGAACCGCACCGGUCGAAGAUGUGUUAUCGUGGAAUGCUUGGCUUGAGGCACGUGCCAAGCUUCGACUGGAGGCUUUGUCUGAGCCUCUCCAAGUUGAGCCACCGGUGCAGGUGGCUGAGAAAGCGGCGAGCCGCAGCGGGACGGAUGAUGAUAGAUCCGAUGCAGAUGAAGAUGACCGGUCACCUAGGGAUGCAAGCCCCGCCGGGGAUGAUAAUGGAUCCGCUGCAAAUGAAGACGAUGGGGCACCUAAGGAUGCAAGCCCCGCCGUGGAUGAUGAUGGUGCAAGUGAAGACGACGGGGCACCUCAGGAUGCAAGCUCCGCUGAGGAUGAUGAUGGGUCCGACUCGAACGACCAGCUGGCUUUCCUGGAAGACUUGGUGGUCCAGGCUAGGUCGAUGAGCGUGGGUGAUUCUAAGGAGGGUGGUGAGCAUCUCUCUUCCAAGCGGCAGUUGGAGUUUUCUGAGAACGAUGAGGUCACGAAGGAUGAGACGAAGGGGUGCGAGUUUGUCCCAUCCUCCUUCAAAGCAUCGGGCCUGCCUGCUGCAGACAUCAACCGUGUUCAGAAGGCUGCGCUGGAGAGUGUGAACCAUCCUGUGUUGACUCCCGCAGAACAGCUUGACUUGAUUAAGAACGAGCGAGCCAAGAAAGCCAAAGCCAAGCCCAAGAAACGCAAACAUGCCGGCAAUGGAUACUUCGUUUUCUGGGCUCCUUCCGGCACGCUGUACACGAGUGUUCCCCAAGCCGAAAAGCAAGGGUUUGUGGAUGAUGAUGGUGACAUCGUGCGGGUGCUGGAGGGACAGGAGGCUGAGGGUGUGAAAGCCGAGAGGAAGGCUCUGAUGUACAAAGCCAGGUCUGCCAAAAUCCAGAGCGCCAGAAAGGCCAACAAGGCGAAGAAGGAGGCAUUGACCGACUCGCUCACUGCUUUCGGAUAUGCUGGGAAGCCGAUGGAUGCCCCGAGGCUUUUUGGAACCUUGCCUAACAUGGCCUCCCUCUGGCGGCACAUCUCGAAGCUGAACAAGCAGCGCUUACAGGUUGGGGGCCGAGAUCUGGUGGAUACGCAGGAAUACCCAGCAUCUUUCGGCAUGGCGGUUGCAGCACUGAAGAGUGGCUGUUUGGGCCUGCCAUCGUCCGGCAGUGCUGCGCUGCCACGUAGAAAGACUGGAAAGAAAAUUGAUGAAAGCAAAUGCGUGGAGAAGUUGGUUAAGAUGGGAUUUUGCCGGGAUGCUGUGUGCAAAGCCCUAGUUGAUAACCAAGGGGAUCCUUCGAAAGCUGUGGUGGCUCUGGUGGCUGCUGAGAAAGCCAGCUUGAAGCAACCGCAAGAGAAGACCGAGCCCAAGAAGCCCAAAAGCAGCGAGAAGCCCAAAAGCAGCGAGAAACCCAAAAGCAGCAAGAAGCCCGCCGUUGCCGAAAAACCCGCCGAAGAGCCCAAAAGCUCCAAGAAGCCCCAAAGCAGCAAGACACCCCAAAGUUCCGAGAAGCCCGCCGCCAAGAAGCCCAAGAGCAGCGAGAAGCCCGCCGUUGCCGAGAAACCCGCCUCAGAGCCCAAAAGCUCCGACAAGCCCCAAAUCAGCGAGACACCCCAAAGUUCCAAGAAGCCCGCCACCAAGAAGCCCAAAAGCAGCGAGAAGCCGGACAUCACCGAGAAGCGAGCCGAAAGCCCGACGACGACGCCCGAGCCGGCAGCGAAGCGUGUCAAAACAGACGCACCGCAGAUGGAUGUCGACAAGGAGCAAGAAUUGGAUAUCGACAAGGAGCUAGAGGAGUUGCUUGAAGCCGAAACCGGCAACAAGAAGGACAAGAAGGAACCAAAGGAAAAGCAGAAACCAAAGGAAAAGAAGGAAGCAAAGGAACAGAAGGAACCAAAGGAAAGGAAGGAGCCAAAGGAAAAGAAGGAACCAAAGGAAAAGAAGGAACCGAAGGAAAAGAAGGAACCAAAGGAAAAGAAGGAUGGGAAGGAUGCGAACCUUGAGCCGAAGCUUGAGGAGCGAAGUCCUCCCGAGACCCCUCCCCCCCGCGCAAAAGAUGCCCCGGCGAGUGGAGAGAAACCCGAGAAGCCCGAGCUCCGUAACCUCAACCCCAAGUCCAUGGCCAGAUUCUUCAACCCUGGAACAUACAAGGCCAUAGAGCGCCAAGCAACGGUUGCAAGCAUCGACGUAGAAAGUGCCGUGGACGCCGCCCAGUUUGAUAUGCUUCGGGAGUGGAUGCUGCACGAUGGGGACCUUGGUGCAAUCUACGUGGAAGAAAAGCUGUACACGAAGGUGGUGGAGAAUUUGUCCACCGACAAGUAUGUUACAAUGACUAUCUUUCAGCUCGAAAAAGAGUUCGGCGAGAGUGAGGAAGCCAAGGAAUUCAUCCAAGAGCUCAUCAAGGGCAACUCGGCCCCGAAGAUUGCCAAGGCGAGACUUUACCGUGUACUCAAGGAAAUUCUGGAGGAACACAGGUUUCGUGGCUACUCUGCGAAGAUCUCUGAGCGUUUGCGCGACGUUGGUGCCGGCAAGCACAACAAGGUGCAUAGCUUGGCGACCUUCCGAAGUGAGCUGCCCGCUGAGAUCAAGCAAAUGGAGAAAGUGUUUGAAGAGUCCAAGGCUUCAGAGCUACAGGACCUCGACCCCAGAUCAGUGCGACGGUUUGAAAACAGGAAAGAGUUCUUGGAUUUGGCCGAAUGCACAGUUACCGAUGCCAAUGUGCAGCGAAACUUUCGCAACUGGUUACGGCGGCAGAACUGGAUGAAAGCAUUGCCACCACCAACAACGAUCCAUGUCAACCAGGUAGAUCGGAAGCAGAACGAGCCGCACUUUCUGGGCCCGCACUCGGUUUUUUUGGUUCCGGAUUGGCUGAGUUCUUUGUAUUCUUAUGAUAUCGAUCUAUUCCAAGCACUGCUGUUGGGACCUGAACCUGACAAAAGUCUCUCGGAGUAUUGGGAGGCCAACCGACAGACCACUUGGUUCCAAGAGCACCCCCUCCUCUCGCGGCUAUCGAAGGAACAACUGAACUUCAUCAUCCCGUUAGAAUGUAUCGCAACUUGGGACCACAAGUUGUUGCUGAGCUUCGCUGUAGAGCGAAUAUGGGAGGAUUGGCUACACCUGGUUGAUCUGGCUAUUGAAUCCGUGGUUAUGGUCAAGUGGCUUCGCUCCAUCACCGUGCAGUUCUCGCACACACAUCCUGAGCGCUAUUGGCUGCUGAUUGGAUGA